UCGUGUGUUACACAGUCUGCAAAAGAAGUGUGCAGCCAUUACGAACGAUUCCAACAGAGUCCGGUAACCAAGCCAAGAUAUACUGCCAUGACGUCCCGAUCCUCAAAACCUGCUCAUGUAUUCCUCUGGACAAUUCCAAGAUCUGUUUCAACUGCCUUCGCAAGAGGUAUGGAGAGCGUUCCAAAUGUAGCUAUCUUCUACGAACCUUAUGCUUCUGCCGAACACUUUGGACCAGAAGGACGUCUCGUUCCGCAGGGUACACAACCGACGGAAAUGGAGUAUACAUUCGAUAAGGUUAAACUGAUGCUCGAAGAUGACGCACUAACCAAAAAAGUCGUCUUCGUAAAAGACCUGGCCUAUGCUGUAGAUAGACGAUAUGAAAAAAUUGCAAAAGGUUUUAAACACACUUUUCUAAUACGUCAUCCAGCAAAGUCAUUUUCAUCUUAUAUUAAAUUAAUGGAAAGUACAGGUACUGACGAUGUUGACUCCUGUUUUACAAGUUGGCUCCCCGAAGGCCUCGCAUAUAAAGAACUUUCGGAUCUGUAUGAUCAUAUCGAGAAAAUAGAGGGGCAAAAACCUAUUGUUGUAAAUGCAGAUGAUUUAGUUGAAAAUCCUAAAGAGGUUUUGAUGAAGUAUUGCGAAGCUGUUGGCUUGCCAUACAGUGAUAAACUCCUAAGUUGGGACUGUAAACCCAAAGUGGAGUGGAAUAUGGCACAGGCAAUAUGGGAUCUUGAGCCAAUAUAUAAUUGGUUUUCGAAUAGUUUAACGGCCGGAGGUUUUAAGAAAUCUCUCUCUAAACCACCUCCAGCACUCAAAGACCUGCCAAAAACAGUACAGGAAUGUGUAGAGAAAUCCAUGCCAUACUAUGAUAAACUGAAUUCUUUUUGUAUUUGAAUAUAAUGAUUAUGAUGAUGAUGAUUAUGAUUAUUAUUAUUAUUAAUUAUUAUUAUUAUCAUUAUUAUUAUUAUAAUUAUUAUUAUUCUAAAUAUUAUUAAAGUAUU